AUAAUGCGAGGAGCAUUCUCAUACCCUGAGAUAGAUAGGGCAUCAUCGAACUACGGGACCUUUCGUUGCAUUGAUGCCGAUGUUGUCAUGAUUGGAGAUGCACGCCACAAUGCCGAAUUUCUACUUCGUAGGGGGCUAAGCUCGUUCUUUAUUUUAUCCAACUGGUCAACUCCCACCAUUCGUCCUAGCGCGUCUUCUCGUCAUCGCGUCCUGAGAGCAACUUCCUUGGUCGGCUUGUUCGCAAACUGAUAUCCUGACCCUUCCGUUUUCCGGCUCACGCCCAGCGCAGGCAAUAGAUCAACAUGGCCGAUUCCGUCGAUCGCGUCUUCGUUCAUGCCCUGAACACUGUCAAGAAAAUCCCCAAGACGGGUGCUUCGCGCCCCCCACCGUCUGACCGGCUUCGCCUCUACGGUCUCUAUAAGCAAGCCAUGGAAGGAGACGUUGACGGUGUUAUGGAGCGUCCAACCGCUGCCACAGGUCUUAAUGCGGAAGACCUGCAGCGGGAGAAGGACAAAUGGGACGCUUGGAAUUCUCAGUGCGGUCUCAGCAAAACCGAAGCCAAGAGGAGGUACAUCGAGGCUUUAAUCGAUACAAUGCAUCGUUAUGCGACGACCCCGGACGCCAAGGAACUCGUCACUGAGUUAGAAUUCGUGUGGAAUCAGAUCAAACACAACAGUCCCAGCGCAUCGGACACGAAAGGUGCGGAAAGCGUAGCCUCUCGGGGUCGAUACGUACACCCGGCUAGCGGGACGGCUGGGCCUAUGAGAGUUCUGAAGCCCAUGAGCGAGGACGAUGCCGCAGAGAAAGCAUCACAGCGCAGGAUGGACGACGAGGAUGGCGACGACGACGACGACGACGAAGAUGGCGACCUAUCUGGGAAAACACAUUGGUCCCGUAGCGUCGAAAGGGCUCUCGUCAAGAUGUCGGCCGAAGUCGCGGCAUUGCGGGAGCAGAUCACUACGGGGAGAGAAUGGAGGGCGAAGAAGGAACGAAGUUUCCCAGCACGGCUCGGCUCGUUUGCAUUGGUUGUUAUGAAACACCUUGGUAUCGACAUCAUCCUUCUGGUUCUAAUCCUAUUGUGGAUGCGGAAGCGGAAGGACAGGAGGCUGGAGGACCUGGUGAGAGCUGGCCUGAAGCUGCUGCGGGAGUACAUACGAAACGUCCUUCCCUCGAGAUGACCACGUUCCGGAUUUCUAUCUCGACAAUCUUUCAACUAUGGAGGUCUGACCAACUCUGAAUGCGGAUGGCUUGGCCUCUACUCCAUCUGCAUCAGCUGACACUCUAGCGCUCUCGUGCUCCCAUACCUCGAGGCGUUGAACGCAAUCUCUUGAUGCGUCCCGCGGGAAUCCGUAACUGGAUCCGAAGGGGCAUACGGUGCCUAUCCAGUCCAAUGGCGGUCAAAACAGCUCCAGCCACCACAUCCGCUCAUGUUCGUUUGAUGAACAAGCGGAGCGACAUGGCAUGCCAAACUGGCCUCCAAGGAGCGCCGUCACUCAAGGGGACAACGAUCCACAACAUACAGCCCUUACACGCACCGGCAGACAUGGCGGGUAAGCUGAAGCCUGGUGGGAU